UACACGUACAGUUCAUCUUAUCCAAGCAGUUGUAGAUCAGUAAACGGUGCAGCCGCCUUUUUAUGACCCCCAAAUGUUUCACUGAAAGAAGAAAGACGAGGGAAGUCAGACGCCGGUAGAUGCGAAACAAUUUCCCGCGAGAUUGACGUUUAGAAAAACUACAAGGAAAAAAAAAACAUUUUGUUUUACAGCUAGCCAAAUCAUCUACGUCAGUUACACAUCAUUUGGUUUGUAGCUAAAUGUCCUUAAAUGUAAGUUAGUGUUAGCCAUGUAGGCUUCAAUGUAACACUUUAGUAGUAAAGUUAUCAGUAACAUAUCUGCUGUAAACCAGCCUGAGAGCUCAUUGACACACACACACGUUAACAGCAUGGACCGAGAGUGUGUGUCGCUACUGCCCCGUGUGUGUGAGGUGCUGGCGGACUCCGGGAAGUCUCUGCCCGAUGACACCAGCCUGGAGAAGCUGCUGGACUGGUUCACCGAGGCUGGUGGAUCUUUGCUGGAGACCUGCCCAUGUCUGUUUGACUUCAUAUCCACUGUGAUCAACAACACAGAUUCAGACCCCAGCGUCCUCUCCUUCACUCUCAGACUCUCCGGCUUAAUGGCUGCCACUGAAGACGGCUUCAAAAUGCUUCAGGAGUGCUCAGUUCUGGAUCUGGUCUUCAAUGUUCAGCGCUGGCAGGAAGCAGGGCUCUGGGAGGAUCCUUGCAUACGGAUUGGCUGGAUCCAGGGAUUAAGGAGCACGCUGCAGCACCCAAAGGCUCUCAGUUUCUUUGUAGAAUCAGAUUUCAUUAAGACUCUUCUACAACUUCAGACAGACACAAGUCUGUUUGUUGCGUCAGCCGCCAAUCAAAUGCUCGCCCACAUCCUGCUCUUCUUUCAACCUGUCUCACCUGCACGAUGUAACGGGAUUGAUAAAAAAGACGAGUAUGCAAAACGGACAUACGGUUGUAUCAAAGAACCCAUUACUCUGGACCCAGAACACCCAGCCCUCACCAUGGAAGCCAGCACCAGGUACACUGCUGUUGUCAUGGCGAUCUCAGAAUACCUAAAGGAGUCACUGGUGCCCAAAGAAAACACACAGCUCCAUCAGAGUCUGCAGAUCCUCAAACUGCUGGCUCUGCUCCUCGCCCAGGCCAGGCCUCCCCUCUGGGACACGCUGCUCCAGACAGUCGCCGACUCUCUGAAGGAACUGGCGACAGCAGGCUACAGUCAGCUCACACUACCGCUGAUGGACGUCAUUCUGGCUGCAAACAGCAGCUCCGGCACCGAUGAACGCGUCGCCCAUCUUCUCUCAUCCAUGUUGAACAUCAACAAACCUGCCGACCUCAUUCACGCUGCAGCUGCUUUUCUCCGCAGAGGCCGUCUGGACACUGUCCACACGGCUCAGGCUGUGAGGAUGCUGCUGUUACCCCUCAACAUUAUUACUGGUCAGACUCUAUUGGGCACAGAUACUGCAGCAGAUGAGCAUCGGUUUUUAAUGGUGGAGCAGCUGAAGAAUAAAACUUCCUGCAUCUCCAUGAUCUGUAUCUGUCUGACAAACACACCACAGAUCACACUCAUGCCUCCUGACGUCCUCCUCACAUGUCCUCCGGUUUCUGUCGUACUUGCAGUUCUGUCACUGUUAAGGAUCUGCAGCGGUGACUCUUCCUCUUCAUCCACCGGCUGCAGAGAAGUUUACAGGAAUGUGAUAGGCAGCGGCAAGGUUCAGAAAUGUGCUCUAGAGGCUUUGACAGCUCUCGGCAGCAGCCCAGGAGCGAAGGACAAGAUGAAAGAGGUGUUCACGGUUCUGAUACAAUAUCUGGACAAUCCUGAUUCUGACCCCACUGUGAUUCACAAGUCCUACAAGGCCUUAAUAAAGUGGAUGAGUGUUUGUGCAGAUGUCUCCUCUAUAACAGACCAGCUCAGGCAAGAUCUCAUCAGGGUUGUGCAGAAACGUGUGUGUGACAUGCGUUGGGAGGUGAGAGACUCAACCGUGGAGUUUUUGGGACAGCUGGCAGGUGUGCGUGUCUUCUUGAAGUCAGCUGAGGAGGAGUCAUGCAGGGCUUCUGAGGCGCUGCUGGGUGGCUGCUGUACCAAUCCUCUCCUCAAAGAGGCGCUGCAGGAUCCGGAGAGUUAUGUGAGAGCCAGCGCCACCUCUGCACUGGCACAGACGCUGGCACACAGCUGGCAGCAGGGGGCAGCGCUCACUCAGGAGCAGACUGAAAUCGUGAGCCGGCUGCUGGAAAUUCUCUCUGAGGACACAGAGGGCUUCGCCAGGCGGGCGGUCGUACAGUACUUCAUCGCCUGGUUCUCUUCACGCUCCUCACACACGCCUCCAUCGUCGUCUCUCCUCAUGAACUCUGUGCGCUCCGUCCUCUCGAAAGGCAGCGUCGACCUGGACUGGGAGGUCAAGGUUCACACGCUGCAGCUUGCUGAGCUGCUGCUGGACGAAGCCUUCUCCGGUCACCGGGGUUACAAGAAGAGUUCAGACACAGAUCCUGCUUCUCUACACCCCUAUGCUGUGGUGUCUGACCAGGCCUACACACUUCACACACACAGUCUUCAACGGACAAACAUGGAGGGUUCAGAUUCAGCCGGCGUGUUGAGCAAUCUGGUCGAGCAGGGAGUCCUCUCAGCGUUGUUGAGCGGUCUGGUUGACUGCGAUAGACCUGUGGGUCUGAAGGCCUGUCGACUCCUGAUAACACUCAGAGAGACAGUCUGCCCCCUGUCGCAAGGGGCCGAGGAUGCAACUUCUGCCAUGGCAACAGUCGCCAGAGUGUCAUGUGAGCUUCCUGGAUGGGGCUGGGGCCAGGAGAUCAGAAAGAUACUGGAGAGGAAGAAGUGCAAUCAGACAAAAGAGGCAGACAUCGCUGCCUGCACAGGCGAGGUUGACUCUGGAGAAGCAGAAGAGGAGGGUGAGAGCGAUAGAGGCGAUGGUGCGUGUGUCAGUGUGUGUGAGGUGUUGAGGUCUCUGGGGUUAGACGAGAGGCUGGACGUUCUCACUCAAAGCAGUGACCACGUCCACAACUCCCUCCUCUCUCUGCUGCAGGACAUACUGACCGCUAGUGCCGCUCACACACAUCCAGACACAGAAGAAGGGCAAGAGGUCAUAGUGGACUGUUACUGACACACACACAUACACUGUUUUAUAAGAAAAAUCUUUUGUUUCUCAGGUAAUUUACUGUAAAUCGAUAUGCAGUGAAAAGCGGUUUCUGCCUCACAAAACUAUUCUGUGAGUAGAGCAACAUGUUGGUUUGUCAUCAGUAACAAACACUACACUGUUCAAUCAGGGUUCAUACUGUAUGACUUUAUGCUGUUUUGGUAUUUUUGAUACAUACAUGUGCGAGGGGGGACCCUAAAAUCUGCAGAAGUCAUCAAUGGCACUGGAGUAGGUUGUAGUUAUGGGUUUUGCUGUUAGGCAGCGUGUUCCUACAGCUUGCUGAAACCAAAAUUGGGAAGAAAUCCAUGAAGAAUUGCAGCCGGCUCUGGACACAGUUACGAAAUAUGACUACAGGAAAUGUUUCUGAGAGUGGGAGAUGUGCUGAGACAUGAUUUAUAAUGUUUUAUUUAACAAUUCUGGGAACUUUUGGAUCCGCCCUCGUAUGUGGUGAUGGAUAGAUCUGUCUGUGUUGUUUUGGGAAGCCACAUGAUCUGGACUCUAGGGCUGAGUGAUGUCAACAUUUUUGCACUGUGAACACACAAUAUGAUCACCAUUUAUUGGCUGAAAGAAAUUAAUCAAUGAAAAGGCCAUCUGAUUAAAACCUCAUCAUUAAAUAAAAUUAAAAAGCAAGAUGUUUGUUUGCUUUUUCAUGAUAUAAUGAAGAAAAAGCAAACAAUAUAUUACACUGAUGAUACAAUACAAUGAUGAUGAUUUCAAUGAUAAAGUACAGUUACACUCAGUUGUCUUUACUUCCAGCAGAGGGCAGCCACAACUCGACAGUCGAGUUCUGCUGUGUUCUAAAACUGGAAUCUGACCAUACUGACCCGACCUGAUCCAGCACUGAAUCCAACUGGAAACCCAAAGCUGUAUUUCUCCAUUACUGACCGUUAGCUUGCCAGACUAAUGCAGCUUAUUGGCUCUUUCUACUGGGCUUCCACGCAUGGAUGCGGACGUUUGGCACAGUUACACACUGGCACGCAAAGCAAUAGCAGCACAAUAGCAGCAGCAGCUUUUGUCUGAUCAGCAGGUGUAGCUGGUGUAUUCAGUAAAACCCAAACACAUCUGUUCUGUCAGAUGCAGAUGAGAUGGACAAACUGACAAAUGCAGCUGAAACAUGUCAACAGCCUCUCGAGACGGAGAAAAAUAGAUUUUUUUCUCUUCAAAAAAUGUAUAAAUUACAUUUGAAAUUCACCAAAACUGAACUCAACCAAAACCACAUUCUUUGGUUUGUGAGUAAAGGUUCUGCUACUCGACACAAUUCCUGACAAACUCUUUCUCACAUGAUCAUGUCCUGACCGGUAGCGACAUUGUUGUUCAUUUCUACUGAGAUCUAAAACUUUGUGUAUCUGUUUCUUUAUACAUACAUUAAUUGUUAUGAAUAAAUAUACAAUUUAAAUGAAA